UCUAGCAGGAACUUCUAAUUGAACUUACCGCUUUGUCACUUGUGGAAUUCGGGCACUGUUGCGCGUUGCUUUGGAAUCCUCUAUUGUCUUAUUAAGAGAAGCCGGGGAGAGAGUUUGCCCUCGACGCAACUCCGCGCAGCAUGUCUGGCGGAAGGCAUUGGGAACAGGACAAAGAGGCUACUGUCUACAUAGGAAACCUCGACGAAAGAGUCACAGAUAGCCUAGUCUGGGAGUUGAUGCUCCAGGCUGGUCGCAUCGUCAAUGUUCAUCUUCCGAAAGACCGAGUUACCCAGACGCAUCAAGGAUAUGGCUUCGUGGAAUUCAUCAGCGAAGAGGAUGCCGAGUAUGCAGCACGGAUCAUGAAUCAGGUGCGCCUUUACGGAAAACCCAUAAGGGUGAAUAAGGCAUCUGCGGACAAGCAAAAGCCCGUUGAAGUGGGCGCGGAGUUGUUCGUUGGAAACCUAGAUCCAAUGGUUGAUGAGAGGAUACUAUACGAUACCUUCAGCCGAUUUGGAAGCCUAAUUUCCGCACCGAAGGUUGCGCGCGACGAAGCCAAUCUCUCGAAGGGCUACGGUUUCGUUUCGUUCUCAAACUUCGAGGCAUCGGAUGAUGCCAUCACAAACAUGGACAGGCAGUAUUUGAUGAACAAGGAAAUCUCGGUUCAGUAUGCGUAUAAGAAAGACGGAAAGGGAGAGCGUCAUGGAGACGCAGCAGAGAGAGAGCUCGCUAGGCAAGCACAAAAGCACAAUGUUACGCCUCAAGUAUCGCAGCUGCCUCCUCAGCUUUUUGCAGCUCCUCCAGUUACUGCUCCACCAGCAAUGCUAGAUGGAGGCGCUGGCGCCGUGUCUGGCCCGCCUCCGGUGGCAGCAGGAUUCGUAAAUGGUCGCAGUCCAAGCGUGCCUGGAGGCUUUCAGUCGGUCCCUCCGCCUCGGCCACCAUCGAUUCCUCAACUUCCAACACCACCGCAAGGUCUACCUGCCCGGCCACCCCCUUCUCAGGCUGGCUAUGGUGGGCCGCAAGGUUUCAUGCCCCCUGGAUUUGGUACACCACCAACUGCGGGCUUUCAGGCCCCUCAAGCUGCACCGCCACCCAUGAUGGGAGCCCCGCCAGCUGGAUUUGCGCCUCCUCCUGGGUUUGCUCCACCAAUGGGAGCACCCGUGCCGCCUGGACUUCCUGCUGGCUUCCGGCCGCCAGGUUAUGGUAGAGGUGGUUGAAAUCCUUAGUCAGGUUGACCGCCCAAUGUAUUAUUUGCCCGAUUAAGUUGAGGUUUAGGUUGCAUUGUGCGCAUAACAUGCACGCAAAACCACUAGGUGAGCCUUUAUCGCUGCCGGCAUCCGGGAGCAGAGUGACGGGGGACCUAUAUGCUCGCCGUGUUCAUCUCAGAAGGCCAAGCCGCUUUAUCACUCACAUCGUGAAGACGAUCGUGGCGUUGCAUAAAAAGGGAUGAUGCAAUCUUGAAUGAAUAAUGUUUGUAUUAAUAGCAUAAAAUGGCCGGAGUUGGGAGGGAAAUGUAGAACAAUAUUCACUCGCCCUGAUCUCAUCCAAAACCACGCCGUGUCUAAGACAAUAUGCAAAACCCUGACACCCCAACCUUCCCGUCGCAGCUAGUGAAUAGACGCUGUUCGUUCC